AAAGAUCAGUCUCAACUGGAAAGUCGGCGUGUGAACAGUAAUUUAGAUAAAAUUGAUGGUUUGAUAACAUUGGUUCAUAGUGUGAAAAAUUGAAGAUACGAUCAUGUAUAACGUAGUUCCAACAUUUGUCUGCUUAGCGAUUGCAUGCAGUGUUGAAAUCUUUGCUGAAGAAAAUGCCGUUCCUCCUACAAAUGCUCGAAUUUUUCCGGGAGUCUGUAAUGGACCAGAUGAAAGAUACAUGGUAGAGGGUCAAUGUGAUGCAUACGUUGAAUGUGUAAAGGGUGAAGCGUACGAGAAAUUGUGUCCAGACGGAUUAAUGUUUUACAGUAAGACACGUUUACGAGACUAUGCCUGCCAAUAUCCCAAUGAAGUGGACUGUACAGGUCGUGAAAACCUUCAGCCAGCACAGCCAUCCAGUAGAUGUCCACACCAAUUUGCUAAAUUCAGAACUGGUGAUUCGGCGCACUGUAACACAUACAUUGACUGUGAGAAUGGAAUAGCACAUCGGAAAAAUUGCGGUGAUGGUUUAGCAUUUCAUCCGAAAUCGCACAACUGUGUUUGGCCAGGCGAUGCUCCAGAUUGUGAUGCUGAAGCAUUCUUAGGUUUUCAUUGUCCCGAGCAGAUAACUGGCGACAGUAACGAAGUCCAAUCAUUCAUUGCUCCAGACGAUUGUCAACGAUACUUUGUUUGCGUUGAUGGGAAACCAAGACUGAAUAUUUGUGGACCGGGAAGCUAUUUCGAUGAGGUCAUUAAUGAUUGUGCUCCCGCGGAACAGGUUGCAGCUUGUAAAGAUGGCGUACGUCGCCGUUAAGUAGCUUAGUUUUUGAAAGAAAUUGUAAAUUAUUAAUUCUUUUAUUAAAUAUACUAUAAUGUUGACCAUA